UGGACAGUGAUGGUGCAGAGAUGGCAGGAACAGUGGAAUAGAGAUUCUAAAGGGAGGCAUUUAUUUGAAGUACUGAGGAAAGUCAGGGAGGACGGCAGGAAGGGACAGAAGAGAGGAGGCUAAUAAGACCUUAAAUGUGAUUAUCACACUUUCCUAUUACCAGGAAACUGAAACCGUUGCGCAUGUAUUGCUACAGUGCGAGAGGCACAGAGCAAGACUGCGUUCUAGUAUGAGGGAGAGGGGGAUACAGGAAAUUCGUUUAAAUAGUAUAUUGAGUAGAAUUUUAUAUAUAUUUCAUUGGAGCAACGGUGCAGGCAGGUAGGGUUUAGUUUAUCCCUGUCUCUGGCCCACACUCCAGUACAGUAAGUGGAGGUAAUGCACCAUUACGUUGGAUGCUAACCGCCGAUAAACCCCACCGAAGACGAAGAGGACGCACGCGGUCGCCUUUACAGGAAUAAUUUUGCAAUGAAUUCCAACAUAACGUCAACGGAUCCAUCGGACGACUGGGGUGACAUAAGCGAUGCAGAAUUACUCGAUGUACAGUCAGAGCAUCUCGGCCCUCCUGACCGGUCCAGUCUGACUCUCGGUGGGAAUGUUGGUGAUGGUCAGUCCCUUGAAACAACAGAGAAGAGGAUCGAUUACCUUAUUAAAAAAUGGCCUAACCUCGCUCCCCUGUUAGAGAGGGUGAAGAACCGGAACGCUGCCUUGUCUGUCCCCAACCAGAGCCCAAUGGAGAGAUUCCUUAAACGUCACCUCAGCGUUACACAGCUAUGUGAGCAGUCUUGGUGUGAGAUCAAAAUGGCCUAUGGGUUCAUUAAGCCUAAAGUAAGGAUGCUAGAGAUGCAAAAGACAGAAGUGACAACUGGGGCCAGUAUUCAUCUCGUCAGAGAACUGGAGGUGAAACCAAAUGUUGUGACUGUGGUUGCUGUCACCAGGGAGGACAGGGAGGCUCUGAAGCUAAUCAGUAUGCUACAGAUGGUCCCAGCUUUAGAGGCAGGCCAGCUUGUGCGGGAGUUCCCAGUGUUUGGUGUGUUGGAAGGGAUGUUCUUCAUGGGUGUGGUUGAUGAGCUGUAUCGUAGUGACUCUGGGGAACUGGUCCUGAGUGAACUGAAGACCCGCAGUCACAACUCUCUGCCCCGCCCAGCCCAGACCAAGGGACACUCUCUACAGGUGGGUAUGUACAAGCUCUUGUUUGAUUCCAUGGUAAAGGGUUCUGCGACGAGGGACCAUCUCCUCCACAACCUUCAGCUGGAUCCUAAUCAGGUCCUUGGAUCAGACCUCCAGACCCACACCCAGUCACUGGGCCUCCAGGCAGUCACGUUCAGGGAGCUCCUGGACCACUUACUGGUCGUCCUUACCUGUUCUAACCUCCAUGCUAUCGACAAGCUACGCCUGGAGUAUAGCCACCAGAGCUCCGGAAAGCUCAUUGGGACCAGGGAGGUAGCGUUUGAGGAAGCCCAGCUUAGGACUAAGAUCAGGGGCUACCUGGCUUACUGGAGGGGCGAGAGGGUGCCCCAGGGAGUGGAAGUGGAGGAGGCCUGGAAGUGCAGGAUGUGUCCCUAUGAGGAGACCUGUGACUGGAGGAGGGAUAGAUCACAAAUGCUGAUGAUGGUGAAUAAGAGAGCCAAGUUGGAGUGUCCUAAGUCAGAUGAUCCCAAGCAAGAUGGUUCGAAUUUGAAUGGGUCGAAAUUGAAGUCAAAUACCGGUAGUUCUCCUGAAUUAAAUAGCCCUAAACAUACAGAACCCCAGGCAUGUCUCCUGUAAUGAUUUUCUSGGUGUAGUGUGAAUUUCAGGAAGGUUCUAUCUAUGUAUCAUUGAAAGUGUAAGCAAUAUUGAAGUCAGGUUUGUUUAGAGCUAAAGUGCCUUCAGAAAGUACACACCUCGACUUUUUCCACAUUCUGUUACAGCCUGAAUUUCAAAUGGAUUAAAUU